AUGAGCAUUCAGCUGAAAGGCUUGUCCCACCAGAAGUUCCCUGAAUAAGUCAAACAGAUGCUACACAUCCUCAGUCUGGAGGACAAGAGGGACUCCCUGUGCAAGUUCCUGAGCAGGAGGGUGAGCAUGGGCAUCGCCCUAAUAGCGGGCUCUAAGGUGCUGAUGCUGGAUGAGCCCACCUCGGGCAUGGACGCCAUCUCCAGGAGGGCCAUCUGGGACCUUCUUCAGCAGCUAAGUGACCACACCAUCCUGCUGACCACCCACUUCAUGGAUAAGGCUGGCCUGCUCGGGGACCGCAUCACCGUUAUGGCCAAGGGGCAUCUGCAGUGCUGCAGGUCUUCAUUGUCUCUAAAACAGAAAUACAGUGCAGGCUAUUAUAUAACUUUAGUGAAAAAACCUGAUUGUAACACAAAGGCAAUUUUUCACCUAACUCAUCUUCACAUACCAAAUGCAAUUUUCCAGUCCAGUACUGGAGAAUUAACAUUUAUACUUCCUAAAGAAAGUGUGCACAGAUUUGAAUCUCUAUUUACUGACUCGGAACUGAUGCAGGUAGAGCUGGGCAUCUCCAGCUUCAGGGCCUCUGUUACCACUAUGGAAGACGUCUUCAUUCGGGUUAAUACAUUGGUAGAUUCCAGUACAGAUAUCCAUGCCAUCAAGUUUCCCUCUGUCCAUUCUCACCCCCUGGUUAGCAGAGUUCCUGUUAACAGAAUUAAACGUCUUCAUUCAAGAAUCUUCUCAAUACAGUCUGGCCUGCCAAUCCACCCAAACGCUGGGCUCAGUCUUCUCUGCCAAAAGUUUUAUGUCAUGCUCCUGAAAAGGGUUACAUAUUCUUGGCACAACUGGAUAAUGAUGCUGUCAGUACAGACCCGGGUGCCUCUGGCGAUCCCUGUAGUCAGCAUCACAUCCCUCCGCUUCAGAACAAGCAUGGCAAAUGUCCCAUUGAAAUUAGUUCUAAAAACAUUUGGCCAAACUAUUGUUCCAUUCUUCAUUUCUCUGACUUCCAGGAUGGGUCCUAAGCUUUCAGAACAUUUUAUGGAUAUACUUGUGGCUGAGGAACAGAGACUGAAGGGACUAGACAGAAGUGGUGUUUUGUACUACGGUGAAGAAACCUUUAUACACCAGGAAAACAUCCCUGCUGUUGUCUUGGUGCUCAUGCUCUGCGGCUUGGCUGUCAUCUCCUUUGUCUGCCUGACCAGCUUCUGCUUUGACAACGCGGGUAGUGCGUGUGUGAAGCUCGUCAUAGCGCUCACGUGCUUGAGCGCUGGACCCUUUAUUCUUGUCUCAGUCACAAGUGGAAAAGAGCUAGGCUACACAACAGUCUCAGAGUCCUUGGGUCACACAUUCCUACUGCUGCCAGGCCACUGCCUGGGGAUGGCUUUCUCCAACUUAUAUUAAUUUAAACUACAAAAGUUUUGCAUUGCCAAGAACCCAAACCAGACUGAGUAUGAUCAAGUUUCAAAGGGGUAUACGAUUCAAAAGGACACGUAUGCCUGGGGGUCUCUAGGAACGGGGAAGCGUCUGACAGCACUUGCCAUCUCAGGACCUGUGUGCCUCCUCCUGCUCUUCCUCACUGAUACCCGUGUCUUGUGGCAACUGAAAGUCAGGUUUUCCAGCUUCUACGGGAAACAAAAAUUAGUGAUGUUAGUGCCUGGAGCCCAAGAUGUGGAAGAGGACGCAAAAAAGAGCGAGACUAAUUUGGAAAAGUGAUGUGAGGAAAACCCACUGGUUCUUAAAGAAGUGUCGAAGGUCUACGACAAGAAGGUGUCCCCACUGGCUGUGAAUAAGAUCUCCUUCACUGUCCAGGCAGAGGAAUGCUUUGGCCUUCUUGGCUUCAAUGGAGCUGGGAAAAAGUCCAUUUUUAAAUUACUGACUAGGGAACAGCCUGUCACCUCUGGGGAUGCCUUUGUCAAGGGCCUCAGCAUUAGCUCUGACUUGGGCAAGGUGCAGAAGUGGGUUGGCUACUGCCCCCAGUUUGAUGCCCUGUUGGACCACAUGGCAGGCCGGGAGACACUGGUCACAUACACCCGGCUCCAGGGCAUCCCUGAGCACCACAUCAGUGCCUGUGUGGACCAAAUUCUUGAUGACUUACUCAUGAACACAAACUCAGACCAGCUGGUGAGGACACACAGCAGUGGCAAUAAGCAGAAGAUAAGCACUGACAUUGCCCUGAUUAGGGAGCCUCCAGCCACCUUCCUGGAUGAGCCAUCCACUGGCAUGGACCCCGUGGCCCAGCAUCUUCUUCGGGGUACUGUGGUGAGAGUCUGCGGGGCCGGCAAGACCAGCAUCAUCACCUCCCAUACAUAGACGGACUGUGAGGCCUUGUGCACCCGGCUGGCCAUCAUGGUGCAGGGUCAGUUCAAGUGCCUGGGCAGCCCGCAGCACCUCAAGAGCAAGUUUGGCAGCGGCUACUCCUUGCGGGCCAAGGUCAGGAGCAAUGGGCAGCAGGGGGCGCUGCAUGAAUUCAAGGCAUUUGUGGACCUGACCUUCCCAGGUGUCGUCCUGGAAGAUGAGCACUAAGGGAUGGUCCAUUACCACCUGUCUGGAGAUGACCUCAGCUGGGCAAAGGUAUUUGGCACUCUGGAGCAAAACAAGAGGAAGUACAUGAUACAUGACUAUUCAGUCAACCAGGUCUCCCUGGAGGACAUCUUCCUGAGCUUCACCUGCCCUGGGUCCCCCAACCGAGUGAAAAACAAGGAAAGGCAGCCAGGUGUGAGAACUACAGAACCCAAGGCCUGUGUGCUCCAGACCAUUGUCCUGUCUAGCCUGUGA